CGGGAUUCCCACGGACGUCACAAUGAAGCGAGACGUCACGCCAGGGAAAAUAGGCUCGAUAAUGAUUAUAAAUAUGGGAACGCCAGGCGUUGCAGAAUCCUCUUUCGCCAUGCCAGCCAGCCAUCACAGCCGGCCCAUCUGUGCGAGCCUCUGCUCCUUCCACGAUGCAGCCCACCGCCCUGGCCCUGGCCGUUGGCGCCAACCUCAUUGCUGCCCAGUCUGUCCCCUCACCACCCUCUCCUGAGGCCUUCGAGAUCGUCGAGCUGCCCCUCCCGCCCGUCUCGUCGAACACGGAUGAGGGCGCCUGCACCUCCAGCAUCAACCCCAGCGGCACCGGGUGUAUAGGCCAGGCAGCGGGCGAGUUCCAAGCAGGCGACUUCACUCCUGAUGGCAACAACGUCAUCGUCAACGUCGAAUUCGUGGGCGCUCCAGCGGCCCCAGACCCAGCGUCCAUCUACUUGGGCGAGCAGGUCAUCCUGAUCAAGGCCGAUGGAACCAAAUUCUCCACAGGCGACCCUUGGAAGUGCCUCUCCUGUGGAGUGCCGGCUGCCAAUGCCGUCUCCCUCGACCCCGAGCGUGACUAUCCACAUGUCCUGCGCAGUGGUACCAAGGCCCUCUGGGGCCACAACAUCCUCGACUGCGACGGAGAACUCCUCGAGAGCGAUGCCUGCACCCCGGACAAGACGCACAUCUACCCCAUCCACUGGCCGACCGCCACCGACGGCUCUGGAAAGGGCGGCAGUCCCCGUGAGCUCCGCCUGCACCCGGAUGACACCCACAUGGGCUGGAGCUCCUUUACCGCCGAUGGAGGCCAGUUUGCCUACUACGGCCGUCUCGAGUUCAACGCGGAGCCCACCUCGGGAGAGCCUCUCGCCCCUCGCUACGAUCUGGUGGACGUCAACCUGCUCGUCGACCCGACCCGCUUCCAGCCUUACACCGUCAACGGCACGGAGCUGAGCAUCCGCGAGGACACCAUUAAUGUUGGCGAACUACGUGGCUUCAGCGGUAACGGAGACGAGAUCACCUAUAUCGGCAACCCCAGAGAGUCGGACAACAUCGACCUCUUCGCCGUGCACCUCAGGACGGGCGCUGUCCGAAGGAUUACCAGCCACCCUGAAUACGCGGACCCCAUGGCCUUCUCGGCAGACAACGAGUGGUUUGUCGCAAUGGAUACUCGGGGCUCCAACAGGCAGAUGUGGAUGGCGGGUAUGCGAGGGAUUCCUCCCGUGGCAGACCUCGUGACGGUGACGGCCGCUGCCUCCACGCGUAACAACGGCGCCCGCAGGUUCUUCCAGCCCAUCCUGAUCGACCGCCACGGCGACCGCGGCGACUACUUCGGCCAGCAGGUCAACGCGGCAGGAGACGGCAGCAACGGCGCCGUCAAUGACCGCAACUGGAACGGCAGGGCGGACCCGGCCUUGUCCCUCGACAGCUCCAAAAUCACUUACUGGCAAGCCCUGGUCGUCUCGCCCGCCUGCGGCGGCGCGAACCCCCUGCCCUGCCCGGAGUCAACGGCCCAGGGCGGGCGCGAAUACCGCGUGAUGCUGGCUCGCCGCACCGACCGCGGGCCUACGGAGCCCGCCCCGGUGUUCGAGGCCGGCGACGAAAUCCCCUGGGCCACGCCGUUCCCACCCGGGUCGACCGUCCCGGACCAGUUCACCCUCGCGGAGGGCAACUACACCCUGCAGGGCCGGGUCUCUGGCUCCGCCGAUGUGAGUGUCACUGCGAGCCUGUCCAAGGUCAGCGGCGUGGGCAGUGUGUCUGUCAACUACACGGACUUCUCGGACGACGGCGACCACAUAAUUGACGGCCACGAGGACGUUUCGCUCAACAUUGACCCAUCGAACCCGUGGACGAACGAGGUCAACUGGGUGUCUGACAUUGUGCAGACAGGUGUGGUCAACGGGACUAAGAUCACGAGCCCUGGGGGAUUCCACUUGGUCAUCGACGCCCAGCUGAACGUCUUUAAUGCCUCUGGGAUGUUGACCACGACGCUUGACGGGGUUGUGUACAAUCAACCGGCCAACGGUACUUAA